CGGGACCACGGUGGGAGGGAGACAGACAUUCAGAGACAUUAUUCAGAGACACGGUGUCUCUCUGUGCGUGUAGGUGCGUGCGUGCAGCCGCCGGUAAUUAGCUUCCAGCGUCGGAACCAAUCAAGAGGCAGGAAGUCCAUUUACAUCCUCCGCUCGUCCCCAGAAUAAAGAGGUUAGACGGCGCGCGGGAUCCGACCCACGGACCCAUCGGCUCACCCCUCGCCAGGUUUGCAGAGUUUGUGCCGGCUGGGAGAAAAACAACAACACCAACAAACAACAACAACCAACAGCAGCAAACAACCCAGAGCCCGCGAUGGACAAGAUGAACCAGAGCUCGGCGGAGGCGGAGGCUGAAACCAUAGAACCGCUGCGGUACCUCAGCAAAGGGGAGGCGGCGGCGAUCGAGACGGAGCUCCUGAGGGACUACCGGUUCGGACAGCAGCAGCUGAUCGAGAUCUGGGGGCAGGCGUGCGCCCUCGCCAUCACCAAGGCCUUCCCGCUCAGCUCUCUAGCCAAGAAGCAGCCCACGGUGCUGGUGAUCUGCGGCCCGGAUCAGAACGGCUCCAUCGGCCUGGUGUGUGCCCGACACCUGCGCAUGUAUGAGUACGAGCCCACCAUCUACCACCCUCAGCGCUCCUCUCAGAGUCUACACCAGGACUUCACCGUCCAGUGUGAGAAGAUGGACAUCCCCUCCCUCUCUUACCUCCCCACAGAGGUGCAGCUCAUAAACGAUGCCUACAACCUGGUGAUUGAUGCCAUGAUGGGCCCGGAUGCCGACUGUGCCAACCUUAGAGAGCCCUACCCCGGCAUUCUGGUCACCCUGAAGCAAAUCAAGAUCCCCAUAGCCAGCGUGGAUGUGCCCUCAGGUUGGGACGUAGAAGAGCCGAGUCAGGACGGCAUUAACCCAGAAGUUCUCAUCUCACUCACAGCGCCGAAGAAGUGCGCCAUAAGUUUCUCUGGAAAGCAUUUCUUAGCCGGGCGGUUCCUCCCCUACGACAUCCAGAAGAAAUACGACCUGAACCUCCCAGACUACCCCGGCACAGACUGUCUCAUAGAAUUGUAACAUAUGGGAAACGUAAGACCAAGAGUGACCACUCCUCGAUUUUUAAAACAGUACAGUUGAUCCCUUCUAUUGUUUUGUAUUUUUUAGAUUGUUAUUGUGAUUUAAUGUUUAACAGCUCGGUCGUGUCCGGCUGCACGUUAGCCGAAUGUGCCGUUGAGCUACAGUAGAAGGAUAACAUUUAGAGUCCAAGUUUUUUAGGGAACGGCAUGAGUUUUUGCGUCAGUCUACUUGUAAAAGCUGUAGCAUCACACUGGUUACUUUGCAAAAGACAGGAAUUUCUUCAGAGAGAUGAAUUUUCUAUUAACCACUGGGAUGUUGUUUUUUUCUUUCUUCAAAACUUUUUUAAUGUUCAUGUUCGGAUGCUUUUGCGUUUAACUUUCUACUGAAAUGUGCUGCUGAGAUUAAGUGUUGUGUAUGAGGGGCCAUUCUGUUUAUUAACAUAUUAUUAACAUAGUGCAUUCGGUUACUUAAGUCAACCUGCACUUCUGCAUUGCUUUCGUUUAAUUUAUUCAUUAGCUGUUACAAAAAGGCUCAGACAGUUCUCGUUGUCAAUAAAAAACAACUCUUGGAGCA